AUGCUUGCCGCUUGCCGCUUAUGCGUAAGUGAGAGUCGCACUUGCUGGGCAAAGCGCGCCUACCUGGACGAACAGUUGCUAUUUGAUCAGUUCCCUGAAUCUCUUCUUCUUCCUUUUUACAACUCUCUCCUCCACGCAUCGUGUCGGAGUUUCAUCAUCCCCAGCAGCUUCAUCAUCCCCAGCAGUUUCAUCAUCCCAAGCAGCUUCAUCAUCUGUUACACUCGUGCAUUCUUCAGUUCCAUCAUCUGCUCUCUUUCUACCCUAUUCAACUUCAUCAUCUACCUGCCUGCCUGCCUCGACGUGGGCAGUCUCUCUUGCACCAUGUGGGCUUUCGUCUUCUUCGCUUUUUGCAUCAUCUGCAUCAUUGCCUCCGCGCCAUCGUCCACCUCGAGGCACCGCGAGCCUGUACACUACCACCCGCACCGUCGAGUCAACACCACCGCCUCGCCAUCCCGAGGCACCGCAAGCCCACACGCUAUCACCCCUGGCCGUCGAGUUGACGCCGCCGUCUCAUACCUGAGCACCGCGAGCUUUUAUGCUGCCUCCCCGGAUUGUCGAGUCGACGCUAUCGUCAUUCCUCCGAUACACCGUGAGCUUGGAUGCUGCCACCACCGCACUGCUUCAGAUGUACGCUAUGAGUAUGCAUGUUGCAAUCAUACGCUGUCGCGAAUGCGACAGUUGAUUCAACAGUUCAUCCUCAUGGCUUACACUGCGACUCUGUGGUGCGUUGAAGGACAGCUUACAAUGGUUGGAGAGUUGUUGUGGUGGAGGGAUUGGAAGGAGUGUCAUCGCUCCUUCGCUCCUUCCUGGUUUGGUUUGUUGGGUUGUGCCGAUGUAUAG